CGUGUUGUCGCGGGCUCGUGUUCUCCAUACAGAACAGCUCAUGGAGUGCGCCGAGUAGUAAAUUCCACGAAGGCGCGUGUGUGUUUGGUGACGUUGCGGUGGAUGGCGGCAGCGUGCUGCAGAUUGUGUCCACCGCUCUUCGUCUUGGCUUCGCCAUGCUUAUGGCAAACACACUGACCGUGGCUGGCGGCAGCUGGCUGGUGCACCGCAACAACGAGUUUCGCACCGCCUACGUUGUGUACGUGGCCAAGGAGAACAGCUUGGCGUUCCGCGAUCAGAGUGUGUGGUCGAUACUUGACAACAACUUCACGUACGACUCGUACUCGUCGACGAUCGCACGCAUGACAAGCAAGUGGUCACCACCAUCCGACACGCACCCGACCAUCUACGGCAUGUGCAACGAGCUAAGAGGCUCUCCUGUGACGGAUUACGGAGUCGACCUCAAUAUUGGGACGCCCGUGACGGUGUUGGACUGUGGCGCGUGCACUGUGGACGCCGUGUGCUUCGCUGCGAGGACGAGCAGCAUCAGCGGCUGUGAGUGCGUGUGUGCUGCUGGCGGCCACGGUGACCCGUGUCUGCCAGCUGCGGUUCCGGACGGUCUUGGGCCGCUCCCGCUCCCCGAUGCGGAGGACACGGAGGCCCGCUGCGUUCACGGUGGCAGGAUCAGCUCCGUGGACGAUCCUGAUCCCGGUGUGCGUGGUCUGUGCUUUGUCAACGUGACCUUCACCGCUACGAUUUUGCUGGAUCUGUUGCAUUUUGACGCGCCACAGCAGACACUCAACAUCACGCUGCUGCAGUGCGUCCUCGUGGGCCUGUCGAUCAAGGGGAGUGGUUCGCGAGUGCACGUGAACGUGAAAUCCUCGAUGUUGGAUUCUGGUGAGCUGGAGUUUAAGGGUGAUUUUGGUGCGAGCUCCCAGAUACUGGUGGCGGGCAGUACGCUUGUGACGACUUUGGUCCAUGCCAUUGCUAUUUUGGGGUUUUCUCUUGGAGCGAACACGACGCUGCUGCUGCUUGACAACAACAUUGAGGGAAGUAGUUACGCAGUGUAUUUCUCCAUUGGUGUUGUUGAUGGUGGCGGGACCAUUGUGAAAGGAAAUACGUUGAGGGCAACGGAGGAGGAUAACGGUGUGGAAUCAUCCGUUUGCGUUUACGCUGUUUUGAGGAACGGCGGCUACAUUGACGUGGAGAACAACACGAUGAGCGCGAUCAAUGGUGUUUAUUUAUUUGAGGAUACCGUCGUGAGCUCCGCGGGGCUGCUGAGAGUGGCGGACUGCAACUUUGUUGGCAGCGCGGAGUUUUCUGAUUCUGCGCUGGUGUUUUUGGACGGCACCGUGACAAUUCAGGGUGGUGCGCAGUGGCGUGUGGAGGGCAACAGGGUAAGUGGAGCCUUAGUAAUAGGUAUUCCGUAUUCCUGGCAAAAAAUUAGGUUGUCGGGCAGCGGCACCACCGUGGUGCUUGCACACAACCGUCAGGUGGACGAUAGUUACUUCUUUGCUGAUUUGCAUCAGUUGAACACGAUUGUGGGGUCGCCCGCGCGAUUUGUGGUGGGGUGCAACUUGCAGGGCGAGAAGGAGGUGUCGUACGACGGCGUGUUUCCGGAGGACGUGGAUAUGUUUAGGUGUGGCACAUGCAACGACGACGCGGCGUGCUACAUGCCCGGGACGGAGUCGGUGGACCGCGGCUCGUGCUCGUGCAGCUGCAAGGAAGGAUGGCAUGGCGCGUCGUGUCUUCCAUUCGAGGUGCCCGACACUGUUGUGCCGCUCUUGCCGGAGAGAGCCGUCGACGGCGACACGAGCUGCGUGGUGAACCAGACGCUGACGAAAAUCACGCUGAACAUGUGGAAGACGCACCACUGCUACGUUGGUGUGACAUUUAACGGUGUGGGUACUGUGUUGACUUUCUCCCUCAACAGUAUGCCGCUGCAUCUCCCCAUCAACAUCACGCUCACCGGGUGCACAUUCCGCGACUGUGCCGUGCUGCGGUUUGUUGGGAGUGCUGAGGCGGCCGAGUCAGCCGGCGUCCUGAUCCGCGUGAGCCAGACGGUGAUGCGUUCCUCCGUCGUUGCAUUUAUGCGUGCCCUCCCGCAGCACUGCGACAUUGCCGUCACGGAGGUUGACGCAGUGCAGUCUUCCGCAGUCCAGCUGCCGGACAUUAGGAUCGACACCUUGAGCGUUGUGAUGCUGAGGAAGGUCGUGUUGAGUGCGUCCUCGCUUUUGGUCAGCAACGUCAAGGCGCAUGCAACGAAUCGUGAUGCGUUUGGUUUGUACUCGAUCAGAACGCUGACGCUGGUGGAGGGCAGCUCGCUGUACGCACGUUACUGCAGCUUUGGCGGAUACACACACUUGUUCUACGUGUACAGUCUCAGUGUGAGUGACCACUCUGUUUUUGCGCUGCUCAACAAUACGAUGUUCUCCGGGACGAGCCUGCUGUAUCAGCACCAUGGAUUGAGCGUGUCGGAUCACAGCGUUCUGCGCGUGGUGGGGAACAGCGGCUCCGUGCAAUACGCCAUCUGUAACUAUGACUUGUGGACCGUUGAGCAGUCAAGCUGGUUGGAUUGGCGCGACAACGACGUGGGAUUGGGUGCAAUUUUCUACGACACUGAGUCCCCUUUUCUGGACAUUGGCGGCAGCAGUGCGGUGACGCUGACGGGCUGCAAGAUGGGCUCGACGGGGUUGUCGGUGUCCCUGCUAUCGCGGGUUGACGCCAGCUACCGGUUUUUUGCCGGGUGCCUGACGGUCGCGGGACGUUUGCUGACGACAGCGGCAGAACUGGAGCUCCACGGCAUCACCGACGUGACGACGGUUGCUGCGUGCGGGGAGUGCACGAAGGAGGGCGACUGCUUUGCUCCGCUGACGACGGAGGUCAUUGACUGCGAGUGCCAGUGUGCUGCUGGAGGGCACGGCGAUGUGUGCGUUCCGGCGCCUGUGCCUGCUGGUCCGCCGCCACCGCCCACGCCGCCAGUGCCGCCCCCACCGUCGGUUGGUGCGUGCAUCAGCGACAUGGUGUACCCCGAGGUUGCGCAGGCAGUGGGCGGCGGGCUGUCGUGGCUGUGCUACCGCAACGUGACGUUCAGCGGGGGUGGCAUGAGCCUGACGGUGCUGAUAGGGGCGAUGACGGGCGACGUGGUGAAUGCUACGUUCGAUGGAUGCACGUGGAGGGACGGUGCUGUGCUGUUGCUGUUGGGCAACGCAGACGCCGCUGUGGGGUCGCUUAACAUUGUUGUCACAGGCAACACGUUUAGUGACGCGCUGCUCAGCCCGGAGGGUGUGUUUCCACCGCGCACGAACAUCACGAUCAGCGGGAACCGCUUCACGGUCACGAGGCUGAUCCCUCGGUCGGGUUUGGACGUUGGCAGCCCGUCGUGUGUUGCGAUGAAUGGACUGGCGAUCAGCAAUGACUCCGCGGUGGUGCUCAGUGGCAAUGUGUUUCAGACCGUGACGGCAUCGUCGAGCGCCAUUCACGUUGUUGAAUCUUCGCUGAGGGUGUCGUGGCACUCCGUGUUUGCGGUGGUGGGCAACACGUUUCAUAUGGACGGCGCUAACAGCACGCUGAUAUAUCUUGAGGGUUCUGGCCAAUUCUCAUCGCUGGAUGUACUGAACGACUCUGCCGUGGUGAUCCGAGGCAACGUUGUGACGAGGCCGGUGCGGUACUUCAUGUUAUUUCUUCGGGCAUUACGUGUGGAGUCUCGGUCAGCGGUUGUGUUUCAGGGCAAUGACAUGCAGGGAAGUUGGGCUGUGUUCUUUCCAAGCUACUCUUCCUACAUCUACUACAACUCCUGGCUGCAGUUGAGCGACAACCUCUGCCGCGUGUCCCCAUCGAAUGAGUUUGCUUUUUUCUCCUCCAAAGUGAAUCUCCGCGACUCCGUGGUGUCUGUGUCCGGCAACCGAUUCAUGUCCAGCAAGGGCACGCCGACAGUUUUACGGAUACCCACGGGGUCCAGCGAUCUCACAAACGGAGCUAUUUUGGCUGCGUGCUACACUGUGAACGGCGGGGAGGAAGCGAACUACGUCAUCCCGUCCGUGUACAACGCCACGAUUCUGACCUGCAGCGAUCCAUGCGCCCUCGCGACGUCGUGCUUCCCCGCGUACACGACGACGGUCUCGAGUGAUGGCUGCGCCUGCACGUGCGCUGAGGGCGGCCACGGCGAUGCGUGCCUGCCCGUCGCUGUCCCCGAGCCACCGAGCGCCGACGACGCCGACUUGUGCGUGCGGGAUGUGCAUGUGGAGGUGGAGGUGAGCGCCGGUUUCGGGACGUCGGUGGUGUGCUACGUUGGUGUGACCUUUGCGGCGGACGUUGUGGUGGACGUGGAGUCGAUGUCUGGGAGCGUGCGCAA